ACAUCAUUGACUCCUUCACGAGCUUCUCACCUUUCACCACCACCACGACAAGAAACUCGUGCCUUCCAGCUGUCGCGAGUUCUCCCAAUAAGCACCAUUGACCGACGACGCAUAUAAGGACAAGACUGCCGUCGAUGUCAGGGCAUUGGGAUCGUGACGGCCGAACGGACGAUUUCGCCACCACUUUUGCAAAAGAAGGGAGCUUUGGAGGCCAGGGGCAUGACAGAAUACACGGAGACGACCCAAUACCAGGCGAAAGCGCGACAAUAGGUAUGUCGGGCGAUAAUGAUGAUGUCGGGGUCGACAUUACUGCAACUCAGAAAAUGAUCUCGGCGAUGUCGGGGAGCUUAUUGACAUCUCUGUUAGUUACACCCCUUGAUGUCGUCCGAGUCCGUCUGCAAUCCCAACCUACUCCGUCGCCAUUGACCUCACUUCGAGGAUCCGUCAAUUCUCUGCAAGCCCUUAAGGAUCUCCCACCGAAUCUCGGAGUUACGGCAUGCUGCCGAGAAGUUUUCUUCGCGACGAACAAUGCGGAAUAUUGCAUGGCUGCUCCGGCCCAAUCGAUUAGUGCAGCAGAGUGUGCAGUGGAAGAAACACAAAGACGAACAUUCAACUCGACUUUCGACGGAUUGAAGAAGAUUGCACGGAAUGAAGGCUUUACUACAUUAUGGCGAGGAUUAUCACCCACCCUCGCUAUGACGGUGCCAGGCAAUAUCAUCUAUUUUACCGGAUACGACUGGUUACGAUUCAACAGCAAGAGUCCAAUCAAUCGAGCACUGUCGGACAAUUACGCACCUCUUGUGGCUGGAGCUUCUGCUCGAAUAUUAGCUGCAGGAAUUGUGAGCCCAAUCGAGAUGUUCAGGACAAGAAUGCAAGCAAGUCGAUCCACAGGAGGAGCGCAUUUCGCAGAGACAAUCAAGGGAGUCACAGAUAUGGUCGCUGCACAUGGAUAUACUUCUCUGUGGCGUGGAUUGACUUUGACUUUAUGGCGAGAUGUGCCAUUCUCCGGUAUCUAUUGGUGGGGAUAUGAAAGUAUUCGAGGAGCAUUGACGGAAGCACGAGAGCGAGGCCGUGGCCGUUCUCUGUCCAGCGAAGGAUCGAAAACUCGAGCGAAAGUGAGGACUCGAUCUCAAAGUCGGGAGAACCACACAGCAACUUUCACGGACAGUUUCAUAGCUGGAGCAUCAUCUGGCGCAGUAGCGUCAGUCCUCACUAUGCCAUUUGAUGUUGGAAAGACAAGACGGCAGGUCUUCGUUGAUCCGGGAACUCAAGCAGGUGUUGAAAGAGCCCUUGCUCCAGAAGAGAAGUCGAUGCCCAGAUUUCUGUGGCAUAUCUUCAGAACAGAAGGGAUUUCUGGCCUUUUCAAGGGAUGGAUACCAAGAACAUUGAAAGUAGCACCUGCAUGUGCAAUCAUGAUAAGUUCUUAUGAAGUUGGGAAGAGAGCAUUUCGAAGCACGAAUGAGCGAGCAGAGCAAAAGCGCACAGCGAUCUGAUGUACAACAUCUCCUCUCUUCUCUUUUGUUUAUUUAGAUUUUCGGCGUUGAUGGGUUUUCUAUCCCAUGUACAGUACCACCAAAAAUUGGUUGGAAGCUGCAUUUGCAUAGCGAGUUGGGCGUUUUCUGAACGUUACUUUAAAUGUAAGAUAGAUAAAUGAUAGAGCAUGACCAAAAAU